AUGGCUUCACCAUAUGGCCCUUCCAUGGCUUCACCAUAUGGUUCUCCCAUGGCUUCACCAUAUGGUUCUCCCAUGGCUUCACCUUAUGAGGGGCCACUGUACGAUUCUACUGCUUACACAGAGUGUAAAGCAUACCCGGAAAAGCCUCUUUAUGAUGGAGGGAUCCUCAAAGAUCAUGUUCCAGAUUUCACAUCAAAGAUUGGAAACAAUGGAACAGGAAUUCCAUUGCAACAUCUCACCCAAGGCACCAUUUACUGUUUUUCCAGUUGGGUCAAGAUAAAUAGUACCGAUUCAGCUCUUGUAAGAGCCAGCCUGACGACUGAGAGUACGACACUAGACUGUAUAGGGAACGUUGUGGCCAGGGAUGGUUGCUGGUCAUUCCUCAAGGGUGGAUUUGUAUUAGAUUCAUCAUCAAAUUUAUCCUUCCUAAAAUUUCAGAAUUCAAAUGACACAGACAUUGGUAUAGAAAUUGCAGGGGCUUCUCUGCAGCCAUUUACUGAGCAGCAGUGGAGAAUGAAUCAGGAUUACAUAAUAAACACUGAAAGGAAGCGUGCCGUGACAAUCCAUGUGUCUGAUGAACUUGGAGAUAGGUUGAAAGGAGCAACAGUUAGAGUAGAGCAAGUGUCUAAAGACUUCCCAUUUGGAUCUGCCAUAGCCGGGACUAUCAUUGGCAAUAAGCCUUAUCAGAACUGGUUUGUUGAGAGAUUCAAUGCAGCAGUUUUCGAGAAUGAACUCAAGUGGUACACUACAGAACCUAAACAGGGACAGAUCAACUACACUUUAGCAGACCAGAUGUUGGAAUUUCUCCGUGCAAACAAAAUUAUUGCCAGAGGACACAAUAUCUUCUGGGAGGACCCUCAGUAUAUUCCAACAUGGCUUGCUAACCUCACAAGUUAUGAACUGCAAUCAGCUGUCGACUCCCGAAUUGAAAGUUUAAUGAGCAAAUAUAGAGAAGAAUUCAUACACUGGGAUGUUAGCAAUGAAAAUAUUCAUUUUAAUUUCUUUGAGCAAAAGCUUGGUCCUAAUGCCUCCUUGCAUUUCUUCGAGACAGCACACCAAUCAGAUCCAUUGGCAACGCUGUUUCUGAACGAGUUUAAUGUUGUGGAGACUUGUAGUGACAGUAGAUCCAGUGUGGACGGCUACAUUUCGCGGAUGAGAGAACUCGAACGAGAUGGAGUGUCAAUGGGUGGAAUCGGCCUAGAGGGUCACUUCACAGAGCCUAACCUUCCGCUAUUGAGAGCUGGUCUAGACAAGCUGGCCACGCUAAGGCGUCCGAUUUGGCUUACAGAGAUCGAUGUCAACAACACAGUAUCUAUGGAAGUGCAGGCUGUUCAUCUAGAAGAAGUACUGAGAGAGAGCUUCUCACAUCCCUCUGUAAAUGGGAUAAUGCUAUGGACUGCCAUGCGUGCAGAUGGUUGUUUCCGGAUGUGCCUUACUGACAAUGAAUUCCGUAAUCUCCCUGCUGGUGAUGUGGUUGACAAGCUUUUGAAAGAAUGGCAAACUGGGAUUCUGGAAGGUCAUACAGAUGAAUAUGGUUCGUAUAGCUUCUCCGGAUUCUUAGGUGAAUAUAAGGUGACUGUUGAUUAUGGAAACGGAACUGCAGAUUCAACGUUCUCAAUUUGUCGCAGUGAUGAAACUAAACAUUUUUACAUUCAUCUGUAG